CCUGCAGGCAUCUUACUUUCAACCCAAAGGCCAUAUCGCAAAAUCCCAUUUCUUGCGGGUCGACCAUCCAUCCAUCGUAGCAUCCAUCCAUCCAAAUGGCUAAACGCACAAAGAAGGUUGGAGUGACCGGAAAGUACGGUACCCGUUACGGUGCCUCCCUGCGUAAGCAGGUGAAGAAGAUGGAAAUCACGCAGCACGCCAAGUACACCUGUACUUUCUGUGGAAAGGACUCUGUGAAGAGAACUGCUGUGGGUAUCUGGAACUGCCGAAGCUGCCGGAAGACAUUGGCAGGUGGUGCGUGGACUGUCGGUACCAGUGCUGCUGCCACUGUCCGUAGUACUGUCCGUCGUCUCCGUGAGUUGACCGAGGCGUAGAUGCAGCUCGGGGAUGGAGAUGUUUGUGCAGGCUACAUGGAGAGGAGCGACUGUAGAUCAACGUUGGGUUAUUCCCGCUGUGUGUACCAAAGCUCUCUGGGUACAAUACAUUUGAAAUCAAUAGUUCGAUUUUUGUUUUACCUGA